AUGAAUCGACUGAGUGCAGCUGCCAUGCCGUUACUUCAAAGGAAUGAUCCUGAAAAGUUUGUGAACCUCAAAAUCAACCCUCCUAAGGGUGUUCUAUGCUAUGGUCCACCUGGUACCGCCCUAGCUGUAGCUAAUAGAAUUGAUGCGUGUUUCAUCCGUGUUAUUGGAAGUGAACUUGUUAAGAAAUAUGUUGGGGAGGGUGCCCGUCUGGUUCGUGAACUAUUUCAGAUGGCACGUUCCAAAAAAGCUUGUAUCGUGUUUUUUGAUGAACUAGAUGCCAUAGGAGGUGCACGUUUUGAUGAUGGUGUGGAUGGAGACAAUGAGGUUUAG